GUCAUCCGAUCCAUGUAAUUGUAAUUUGCUCGCUAUUAAUCAUAAGUAUUAAUAAGUACUUAUUUGACUUUGAUUAGAUUGUCACGUCUGUUAAGUAGUAAUCAUGAAUCAGGACAUUACUCAGUAUGAUUUCCUAGUAGCCUUACUCUGUCAUAGUUUUUUAUCGUAGCAAAAUGCAGUGAUCAAAAGUUAGCUCCAACUAAGUAAAUAUUUGUCAUUUAUGAUCCUCAUUAACUACUUUUCUGAAAGUAGGAAGUCUGUUCAAUUCGUGUAGUUACUGAUCAUGUAUUCUCAACUUAGUUACUGAUUUCGCACCAAGAAAUGUUACACAAGUUCGCCAAGGACAAAUUAAGUCUAAUCUUUUUAACCUUACUGCUGCUGAUUGAGUUUGGACCAGUGCCACACCUUCAGAACAUAGGAUUUUACUGUGGAGACCCCAAAAUCAGUCACAAAUUUACUGGUGAUACCAUCAGAGCAAGAACUCUAAUAGCGAUCUCUUUCAUAGCUCCAUUUUUAGUGUGUUGUUUGAUCGAGUAUAGCAGAAGCUCCAACCGGCCAGACAGAUACGGUGUCAGUCGACUGAGCUGGUUCAGACGAGCAUUACUAUGGUACAAAGAGUACUUCAUUGGUCUUCUUUUCUGUUAUGUAAUUAUAGACGUGGCAAAGGUCAUCGUCGGAGAGCCUCGACCUCAUUUCUUGGACACAUGCCAACCGGCUCAAGCUGUGAAUUGCACUCAGGGAUACAUUGCACAUUACACUUGCACAAAUAAAAUGUUGAGUGGCUACCUAAUCAGAGAUUCGUAUAAAUCUUUUCCAUCUGGACAUGCUGCAUUCUCGGUGUACAGUGCUGUUUUUACCAUUUGGUAUUUGCAGAGGAGGAUGAUUCCUGUAACUUACACUCUACUACCUUUAUUGCAAAUACUGUGUAUUGUUUGGGCUCUUUGUUGCUCUUUGACAAGGAUUACAGAUCGUAGACAUCAUUGGUGGGAUGUUUUAGCAGGAUCUAUCGUAGGUGUUGCUACAUCAGUGUAUGCUAUCAAAAUUUUCUGCUGUGAUUUUCAACUUGACAGUUAUCAAAAUCUGCUGAAAGUUAAGAACACUGUCAGUGAUGUUAAAGAGAACGGGAUUUUGCAUAGAAAUGGCAAUGUCAGGCAAUUGUCUGUUCGAAGAUUAUUAACAAUGCCCACCGGAAUCGUUGAUGGUCAUCAUGAGUUGAAUCAAGUUCAUAGCUGAAAAUUGGAUUUAAUGAUGUCUAUAACAUCACUGAAAGAAAUCAUUAAGACCAUAGACCGUGUAUUUCCUAAAUCACCAAGUGUUUUGAUGUCACUGUUCUUAGCAAUCAAAGUUUUUCCAGUCAGUGCUUGCAAAAACCAAAUACUUUGAUGGUAUACUAGUCCAUUGUUUAAUGUAAUGACAUCCUCAUAUGUAUUUUAUUUAUUUUCUUCUUAUCCAAAUUAACCGCUAAAAAGAAGGUCUUGAGAAGAGAAGAGUGAAAUCUUGAAAGUGAAUGUUUUUGAUCAGCUAAAACCAUGGGAUGGAUCCUAGAACAAGUUUUCAAUGGAAGUCUCAAGCAAAAUUUAUAAACUCCAUCAAAAAUAAUUGAUCUGUAUUACUGGGCUAAUAGUGGGAUUAGUCACAAUCUGAAUGAUGGGGAAGAGCUUUUACUUGAGUGCUUUUUUUUUUCUUACUAUGUAAUUCCAGGACAGAAUUAUUUUAUAUAAAUAUUUUUGUUUAAGUUUGACUUUUAAAUUGCGUACAAUUGGGGGAAAAUUUGAGAAAGAAAAAAAAUUUUGAGACUUUGAUUAAGUCAGCAACAUUAUCCGUCCCUGAACUUAAUGUUUAAACCCUCAUUAUCAAAGAUGAAGAGCCAAAAUUUCAUUCAAACAAGUUAACUACAAUAUUUUUCAACUCAUCACCUUAGAUAGGGUACAAAAAAAAGUGGUAAGGCAGCAGUUUUAAGAUUUGGUUUUCUCUACUUUAAAAGGAGGCUACCGUGAGAUUUAGACACGGUUUCAUGCCAUAAAUGACCCAUUCUUGCAAUGAUUCUCAUCAGACUUUGUGAUUUUCCCCAUUAUGUCGGAAUGUAUGUGUUUUCACCGUUACACCCCUGCUCCUCAUGUUUUAUCUAUGGCGACUAACUGCACCAAAUUAUGUCUUGUCCCAUCAUUCAUUCUAUUGUCUUUUGCCAGAUUCAACCACCUUAAAAAAAUAAAAUUUAAUCCCCUAAUCAAUAAAGCAAAACUUUCAAUGUCGUUUUGAAAAAUAUUAGGGGUUAAAUACCAAAUUUUAUAGUCCAAAUAAUAUUAUUAACUCUUGUAGAAUAUUCUGUUACUGAAACUAGGAAGUAAUGGAAAAAUUGGCUACUGCUGAUGGCCCCUAAGUUGAAUUAUCCUUACUGCAAGCCCUUGGGAAUCACUCCAAAGCAAAGGCUCAGACAUCAUGACAUCAACCUAUUAUGUAUCUGACCAAAGUCUCCAGAGCAGACGUUAGACCCCAGCCUUUUUCCACAAUCCCCUCUUCCUUUGAAGAGAGUAAACAAAUGAGUAGAAGUCCUUUAAUCAAAUCCGGUGCAAUUUAUGGUCAAUCUUAGAUAUUAGAUCUUAAACUUCAUUUUCUCCUUGCUAAUUUUAAAAUUGAAUUUUAAUAGAAAAAUAAUUCCGUUCGUUCUGUUUAGUUCUUCAAUUUGAUGAGAUUUUAUUUUUAGAAUUGCUCUCAACACUUUCUCCUUCUCAUUGAACAAAUGAACUUACGCAGGAUCUGCAUUUAAGUUUACAUUGAUUUUGGCCAAAUACGUUUUUUUGUUGUGAAACAAAGAAUUUUCUUUUCUAUUCAAUGGAUAAAAUUGGAACUAAAUUCACAAUAUUUUAAUAAAAUCAUUCAUGAAUUCUUAAUCAUCUAGCUUUAAAGUCAGAUUUUAAUUUUAUUUUGGGUAGAUAAAGACAAAAUAGACUGAGAUCAUGGAUGUAGACAUUGCCUUGUCUCUCAUGAAAAAGUCUGAUAUAUGAGGGUCAGAAUCCCUUGAUUUUAAAGAGCAGCAGAAGAUAACCAGUAUUACAAUGAGAAGAGUUUCUCAUUUCAAAUUAUUUUCAAAUCAGUUUAUUGUGUGCAUUUUUAGUAUGUAAGAUACAAAUAUUCUUUAAAUUUUUGUAAAUUUUACUGUGAUAUUAGAAUUCAUAUUGGUAAGUAUUGAUUUUAAUUUUGUCAAAAAAAAUUGAAUAAAGUUUAUUGCCACUGUC